AUGGCGUCCCAGCCGAAUUCCUCCACGAAGAAGAAAGAGGAGAAGGGGAAGAACAUCCAGGUGGUGGUGAGAUGCAGACCAUUUAAUUUGGCAGAGCGGAAAGCUUGUGCCCAUUCUGUGGUAGAAUGUGAUCAUGUACGAAAAGAAGUUAGCGUACGAACUGCAGGAUUGGCUGACAAGAGCUCAAGAAAAACAUAUACUUUUGAUAUGGUUUUUGGAGCAUCUACUAAACAAAUAGAUGUUUAUCGAAGUGUUGUUUGUCCAAUUCUGGAUGAAGUUAUUAUGGGCUAUAAUUGCACUAUUUUUGCAUAUGGCCAAACUGGCACUGGAAAAACCUUUACAAUGGAAGGCGAAAGGUCACCUAAUGAAGAAUAUACUUGGGAGGAGGAUCCUCUGGCUGGUAUAAUUCCACGUACUCUUCAUCAAAUUUUUGAGAAACUUACUGAUAAUGGUACUGAAUUUUCAGUCAAGGUGUCUCUGUUGGAAAUCUAUAAUGAAGAACUUUUUGAUCUCCUUAAUCCAUCUUCUGAUGUUUCUGAGAGACUACAGAUGUUUGAUGAUCCUCGUAACAAGAGGGGAGUGAUAAUCAAAGGUUUAGAAGAAAUUACAGUACACAACAAGGAUGAGGUUUAUCAAAUUUUGGAGAAGGGAGCAGCAAAAAGGACAACUGCAGCAACAUUAAUGAAUGCAUACUCUAGUCGUUCCCACUCAGUUUUUUCUGUUACAAUACAUAUGAAAGAAACUACAAUUGAUGGAGAGGAGCUUGUUAAAAUUGGAAAGUUGAACUUGGUUGAUCUUGCAGGAAGUGAAAAUAUUGGCCGUUCUGGAGCAGUUGACAAGAGAGCUCGGGAAGCUGGAAAUAUCAAUCAAUCGCUGUUGACUUUGGGAAGGGUUAUUACUGCUCUUGUAGAAAGAACACCUCAUGUUCCUUACCGAGAAUCUAAACUAACUAGAAUCCUCCAGGAUUCUCUUGGAGGGCGCACAAGAACAUCUAUAAUUGCAACAAUUUCUCCUGCAUCUCUCAAUCUUGAGGAAACUCUGAGUACAUUGGAAUAUGCUCACAGAGCAAAGAACAUACUGAAUAAGCCUGAAGUUAACCAGAAAUUAACCAAAAAAGCCCUUAUUAAGGAAUAUACAGAAGAGAUAGAGCGUCUGAAACGAGACCUUGCUGCAGCCCGUGAAAAAAAUGGGGUGUACAUUUCUGAAGAAAAUUUUAGAGUCAUGAAUGGAAAACUAACUGUUCAAGAAGAACAGAUUGUAGAAUUGACUGAAAAAAUUGGUGCCCUUGAGGAGGAGCUAAGUAGGGUUACAGAAUUGUUCAUGGAUAAUAAAAAUGAGCUUGACCAGUGUAAAUCUGACCUGCAAAAUAAGACACAGGAGCUUAAAACCACUCAGAAACAUUUACAAGAAACUAAAUUACAGCUUGUUAAAGAAGAGUAUAUCACAUCAGUUUUGGAAAGUACUGAGAAGAAACUUCAUGAUACUGCCAGCAAGUUGCUUAACACAGUUGAAGAAACUACAAAAGAUGUAUCUGGCCUCCAUACCAAACUGGAUCGUAAGAAGGCAGUUGAUCAGCACAAUGCAGAAGCUCAGGAUAUUUUUGGCAAAAAUCUGAAUUGUCUGUUUAAUAAUAUGAAAGAAUUAAUAAAGGAUGGCAGUUCAAAACAAAAGACCAUGUUGGAAGUUCACAAGACCUUGUUUGGUAACCUGCUGUCUUCCAGUAUUUCUGCAUUAGACACCAUUACUACAAUAGCACUUGGAUCUCUCACAUCUAUUCCAGAAAAUGUGUCUACACAUGUUUCUCAGAUUUCUAAUAUGAUAUUAAAAGAACAGUCAAUAGCAGAAGAAAGUAAAACUGUACUUCAGACAUUGAUUAAUGCACUUAAGACUGACCUUCAAAGUUCACUGGAAACAGUUUUAUCUCCUACUGUGUUGGCUAUACUGAAAAUUGAUAGUCAACUCAAGAAUAUUUUUAAGACUUCACUGACAGUGGCUAAUAAGAUAGAAGAUCAGAAAAAGGAAAUGGAUGGCUUUCUUGGUAUGCUGUGUGAUAAUCUACGUGAACUACAAGAAAAUACGAUUUCUUCCUUGGCAGAGUCACAGAAGCUGUGUGAAAAUUUAACUGAAGACCUGAAGGCAAUAAAGAAAAUCCAUUCACAGGAACUUUGCCAGUUAAUCAGUCUUUGGGGUGAGAGAUUCUGUGCUUUGGAGGAAAAGUGUGAAAACAUCCAGAAACCACUUACUAAUGUCCAAGAAAACACAGAGCAGAAAUCUAAGGAUAUAAUCAGCAAAACAACUUAUCACAAUACAAAAUUUUGUGCUGAUUGUGAUGACUUAUCACAGGAACUCAGACAUUUUAACCAAGAAGGCACACAAUUGGUUGAAGAGUGUGUGAAACACUGUGAUAAACUCAAUAGCAACCUUGAAAUAACGUCUCAAGAGACUGAACAGAGAUGUGAAGCUCUGAACACAAGCGUACUUUGUUUUUCUGAACAGUGGAUAUCUUGCUUAAAUAAAAGGGAAGAGGAAAUUCAGAACUUACUGGAGGUUGUAAACCAACGUUGUGAGGCUUCAAGUUCAGAGAUUACUGAAAAAUUACAUGGACAGAAAGCAGCUAAUGAGAACCACCGUAACAUUUUUCUUGGUCAGAUAAAUAUCGAUGAAGACAAAUUAAUGACACAAAGUCUAGAACUUAAUGACACUAUAAAAAUUGGUUUGGCUAAGCUUAAUUGCUUUCUACAUCAGGAUCUGAAACUGGAUAUCCCAACAGGUACAACACCACAGAGGAAAAACUAUGUAUACCCCUCAACACUGGUGAGAACUGAACCACGUGAACAGCUCCUUGAUCAGCUGACAAGGAAACAGCCUGAGCUGUUAAUGAUGCUAAACUGUUCCGAAAACAAAGAAGACAGCAGUCAGGACUCAGAUGAAGAAAAGGCAGUUCUGGAGCACACUAUUGAAGAACCCCCAGGUCAAGAGCCAUCUAUAGAUGCUAAUGUGGAUUGUUCAUCAAGUGGUGGGGUUCCAUUUUUCCAGCAUAAAAAAUCACAUGGAAAAGACAAAGAAAACAGAGGCAUUAAUCCAGUGGAGAGGUCUAAAGUCGAAGAAACUACUGAGCAACCUGUUACAAAGAGCAGAUUACCUCUACGAGCCCAGAUAAAUCUGUAG